UCCGAACUGAGAAAGCACCGUACAUUUACCCUCCGGAUAGGACUACCAGGAAGGCUAUGGUGCAUAUGCACCACUCAACCCCAUGAUGGAGUCUCCCAUGUCUACGCAGGAGCGGCAGCUCUGCGAGUUUCUCAGAGACAUGCCUGCUCAAUACAACUACCGCUAUUCGCCGUCUGCCGCCCAUGACCUCCUAGAGAGUCUCUUCUGGUCUCUUGCGGGGGGUGAACGCUACAUGGGCCUGUUCUUCCCCCAGGGUCGCCCUUCCCACAACAUGAAGCUUCACGACGCCCAGGGUGCUGUUGAAGGCGCUGAAUAUACUGAAGCCGCCCGCGGCAAGCGAUGUGGUCACAUUUUCAAAGCCGGCGAGGCCUCUUACUCCUGCCGCACCUGCAGCACCGACGAGACCUGCGUCCUCUGCAGUCGAUGCUUCGAUGCCACCGACCACGAGGGCCAUAUGGUUCGCAUAUCCAUCUCGGUCGGCAAUAGCGGUUGCUGCGACUGUGGCGACGAUGAGGCCUGGAGGGUGCCCAUGUUCUGCACCAUCCAUUCCGAAGAUCCCUCCGGCUUGCGCAACGGUGGCAAGGGCAAGCAGGCCGCCGGUGCCGGCCCGGGUGCCGGCCUCCCCGACGAGCUAGUUCAGAGCAUGCGUAUGACCAUCGGCCGCGUCUUCGAUUACAUCUGCGAUGUCAUCUCGUGCUCCCCCGAGCAGCUCCGCCAGACCAAGACCGCCGACUCCAUUCGCCAGGACGAACAGAUGUCCCAGCUUUCCCCCGAGGCCUACGGGAAGGGACCGGAAGGCUCGUCCGAGUUCUCCCUCGUGCUCUGGAACGACGAGAAGCACAGCGUCGAAGACGUCCAAAAGCAGGUCGCCCGUGCCUGUUCCACCACCGAGGCCGUGGGCUUGGCCCAUGCCACCGAGACGGAUGCCAUCGGCCGGAGCAUUCUCAAGCAUCUGGACAAUCUCGAUCGCCUUCUCGAGAUGGCUAAGAAAAUCGAAGAGAUCAAGGUGACCGUGACAAUACGUUCGGCUCGUGAUACCUUCCGAGAGCAAAUGUGCGGCACCAUGGUCGAGUGGCUGAGCGAUAUUUCCGGCUGCAGCGUCGGCAGCGAUCACAACAUCCUGCGGAUCCUUGUUUGCCAGGAAAUGAUGAGGCCCUGGCGCAAAGGCAGCUCUGGAGUCCACGCCAAGGUGGGGAAAGACGGCAUAUACGACGAAGAAGGACUGGCUCGGGGGGAAGACAUGCAAGCCACCGUUGCCCAUCGCUUUGUUAUGCAGAUACUUCAGAUGCAGGACCUGCCGGUACAGCCGGCAGAUGAUGACGGCGACGUCUCCGACGAAGAGGAUAUCGAUAUGGGUAGGGUCGAGGGUGGUAUAACGCCAUUUACCGAUGCCGGUGGAGAUGGCGACGAGGAUGACGAAGACGACGACGACGACGAUGUCAUGAUGGUCGACGUGAGGGUUGAAGCAGCGGGAGGAGGAGACCUUGGCACCGCCGUAGACUGGCGUGGCCCGGAUCAGGCCCUGGAGGAAGACGAGGCCACUAUGGCCGGCUAUCCGCCGCCGCCUCCUCCUCCGCCGCCUCCUCCUCCGCCGCCGCCAGCCCCGGCUGCCGUCCCGCGGAGGGCUGGGAGGGAGAGGGACGUCACACCAUCCGAUUCCGACACGGCCGAACCGUUGAUCGCGCCCGCCAUCUACGCCAAAGCCAACUUGGAGAUUCCUAGAAUCCUAGGCCAAACCGACAAGUCACCGCCGCCGAAGCCGGGUCGCUACUGGCUGGAGACGCCACCAGGGUACAUGGAUCGCGGUAACGUCCCUCCUGCCGAGGACGUUUUCCAGAGAGUCCGCCUCGAUUGGCUCAUCUUGUUUGACCUGCGCAUGUGGAAGAAGAUGAGGAACGACCUGCGGUCUCUCUACAUAUCAACUGUCGUAUCCAUUCCCGAGUUCAAACGCAUUCUUGGUCUGCGCUUCGCCGGCCUGUACACUACCCUGGCCCAACUGUACUUGAUCGGGGAUCGAGAACCCGACCAUUCCAUUAUCAAUCUGUCACUCCAGAUGUUGACGACGCCCUCCAUCACCGCCGAGAUCGUGGAGCGUGGUAACUUUCUGACGACCUUACUCGCCGUUCUCUACACCUUCUUGACCACCAGGCAAGUCGGCUAUCCCUGGGACGUCUCGUCCAACGCCUUUCUGGCCUUCGACUCCGGCUCGGUGACCAACAGGCGAAUGUUCCACCUCUACUUGCACCUGAAAUACCUGUUCGGUUCCCCCCACGUCCAGGACAAGUUGCGAUGCGAGGAGCGCUACCUGAUGCAGUUCCUCGAUCUCGUCAAGCUGCACCAGGGCAUCGGCCCCAACACGCGCGCUGUAGGCGAGCACGUGGAGUACGAGACGGACAGCUGGAUAACCGCCUCCAUUGUCACGCGCGAAAUCAACAGGCUCGCAAGACAGCUCGCCGAAUCGUUCAAGAACGUUCCCGAAAGUGAAAGCCAUUUUGUCGCCCGAGCCAUACGGCUGACCGCCAAGGCCGUCAUUCUCAAUUCCAUCGGUGCCGAGCGUCUUCGCUUCAAGCCGUCCGAGAUCAAGGACGAAGUCCGGUUCAAGACACUGGGAGACUUCGAGUUUGACGGCGAGUCGAGCAGGUACGACGUGGUCAAGUUCGUCGUGGAAGAGGAACCCAUCAGUUUGCACCAUGCGCUCCACUACACCUUGUCGUGGCUGGUCGAGUGCGGCAAGUCGCUCCCCGCCUUGAGCAUGCGGGCACUUCUCAGUUUUACGACCCAGGAGCUGAUGAUGCAGCCCAAGUCGAUGGGUCGCAAGACCAUGCCGAGGCGGGAGAAUACCCCCGACGAUCACCUCAUGGCCGCCUUCGACUAUCCGCUGCGCGUGUGCGCUUGGCUAGCGCAGAUCAAGGCCAACAUGUGGGUUCGAAACGGCAUGAGCCUCCGGCAUCAAGCGGGGACCUAUCGCGGCGUCAACCAGAGGGAUGUCUCACACCAUCGUGACAUCUUCCUUCUGCAGACCGCGAUGGUUGUCUGCGAUCCCAGUCGGGUUUUGGCCUCCAUCAUCGACAGGUUCGGCAUGGAGAAAUGGGUCAAGGGGAUCUUCGAACAAAAGACCAAGGGGCAAGACGAUUCCCAACACCUGGAUGUCGUGGAAGACAUGAUCCAUCUUCUGAUUGUACUCCUGAGCGACCGCACCUCGCUCAUCGCCUUGGAGGAUGAACCCAACCCCACCGCCAUGGCCAUCCGUCGCGACAUCGUCCACACUCUCUGCUGCAGACCAUUAUCUUUCAACGAGAUCUCCAAUAAGAUGCCCGACAAGUUCCAGGAAUCGGAGGACUUCCAUGAAAUCCUCGACGAGAUGGCGGUAUUCAAGCCUCCCGAGGGUGACUCUGAUGUGGGCAUGUUCGAGCUCAAGGCGGAAUACCUCGACUCUGUCGAUCCGUACAUUGCCCACUUCAACAAGAACCAGAGAGAAGAGUCGGAGACGGUGUACCGCAACAAGAUGGCGGUGAGAACCGGGAAGCCCGUCGAAGAAGUCGUGUACGAACCCAAACUCAGGCCGAUACCUUCGGGUCUCUUCAAGGACCUCUCGGCCUUUACUGCUACCGGCAUGUUCGCGCAGAUUAUCUACUAUGCGCUGCUCUAUCCCCUCGUCGCCCCCAAGUUCACCCCCACCGUCCCCUCGACGCGGGUCGAGACGUUCCUGCAGAUCGUCCUCCACCUAGUCUUGAUUGCCAUUGCGGAGGACCGCACGGAUGAGAACGACAUGAUGGAAGAGGAGUCCCCCAACUCGUUCGUCUCUCUGGCACUCACGAGACAUGGGCGAAGCAAUUUCAUGCCGGAGGCGCCGAAUGCCAAGACGAUUGUCGCCUUGUUGGACAUGAUGUCGACCGACGACGAGUUUAAGGCAUGCCACUCGAAGAUCGCCCUCAUCCUCAAGCGGAUGAGGCAAAAGAGGCCGCGCACCUUUGAGGGCGCAUACAUACGCCUGGGUAUUCCCGUGGACCGGAUCCACGCUGCCUCUCCGGCUAUCGCCUCGGCGGAAGAGGAGCGCGAGAGGAAGAAGCGGGCAGCACUGAGUCGCCAGGCUAGAGUCAUGGCCCAGUUCCAACAGCAACAGAAGAGCUUCAUGGAUAACCAGUGCGAGAUUGACUGGGGCUCCGACCUGGGCUCUGAUGAAGAACUCGAGCAAGCGGAAGACCGGAAGAAUAUUUGGAAGUAUCCCGCGGGAACAUGCAUCCUCUGCCAGGAAGAUACCGACGACCGUCGCCUCUAUGGCACGUUCGCCAUGAUCAAUGAAAGCAUGAUUCUGCGACAGACCGACUUGCAGGAUCCGGAUUUCGUGCGUGAGGCGUUCCACACGCCGAGCAACCUGGAUCGGUCCGCGGAGGAUAUCAGGCCAUUCGGUGUAGCGCGCGAGAACCGACAGGAGGUAACCAAGGUCAAUGCCAGGGGGGAAUUCUUCACUACGGAGCGGCAGACCAUUGGCAAGGGGUUUCCGUCCAAGCUGUGUCGGCAGGGCCCCUUGUCGGUCGGCUGCGGCCACAUGAUGCACUUCUCCUGCUUCGAGACGUACAUCGAUGCGACACACAGGAGGCAUCAGCAUCAAAUCGCCCGACACCAUCCCGAGAACCUACGACAAAAAGAAUUCAUCUGCCCGCUCUGCAAGGCUCUUGGCAAUGCCUUCCUCCCCGUCAUCUGGAAAGGCAAGGAGGAGUCGUAUCCUGGCGUGGCGCAGUCGCAAAGAGUAUUCGGGGAGUUCCUGGACACACAAAUGCGCUCGGGCUACUACAUACGUGGUGCCGCGCGUCCUCCUGACAGAAUUCAGGAUGCCUUCACGGAUUAUACCAAGGCUGAUGUUACAAGCACAGUGGCGGAGAAGACGUCGCAACUUGUCGAGGAGGCCUGGUCCACGGAGGAGUUGUCCGAAGGUCUCCCAGCCGUUACCCCGCUGAACUCGGUCUUCUCUGUGGUAAACACACCGCUCUUGUCGCGGCGGUCGCGGCGCAAUGAACAAGUCGGCAUCGUGGGCGAGCUAGUCAGAGUCUACAGGCGGCUUCGGGAUACCAUUCAGAAGAACAGUUUCCGGACGCGGCAUCCAGUCGACCCCAGAGAGGUGCGAGACCGCGACGAGAUACUCUACAGCGACGUCCUGGUCCAGGCAGUUGGGUACUCCGUCUCCGCCACGGAGAUCCAACAGCGCGGCGUGGAGGCCCAGUAUGGCAAAACGCUGUUGGACAGCACCCCGGAGCAGACCUUGACCCACCUGCGAAUCCUGGCCGAGACGACGUCGUCGUACAUUUCCAUCGGCGGUCUGAAGGCCGGAGGCGAUAACCGGAUCGAGGAGGAGUUCCGGAGAGACAGCGAAAGGCAGCAUUGCCAGCUAUUCAUGUCGCAGUAUUUCGGUGAGGAGACGGACAACACGAGGCGGCCUGUGGAUAUCUACCCGCCCCUGAUGAGUCAAGACAACUUCAUCUUCUUCACCGAGUGCGUGUUCGGUGUCGUUGUGGCACAGGACUUCGACGUCAUGCACGUUCUCCGGCUCUGCUACUUGGCCGAGAUUGUCAAGGUCGUCUACCACCUGGCGAGGAAUGUCCCUCUGAGGAUCUGGGUCAGCCAUCUCAUCAACCGCCAGGGCAGAGACGCUGCUUUGGACAAUUUCGCGGAAUUCUGCCUGGCCGUCACGAGGAUGGGCGUGGAUAUCACCGCCUUGGACGAGACGUCGCCGGCAGACGUCAACCCUGCCUUUGCGCAGCCCGAGCUCGACAGCCUGGAAAGCUACUACGCCUUCACCAGGAAGUACGCCCUCACGUUCCUUCGAAAGUGCACCGUCCUCUUGUACGUCAAGUGCGGAUUGGACUUCAACAGCCACAUAUCCCCCCAACCCGACGCGGACGAGCUCGAGCGCCUCACGGGCGCGCUGCGCAUUCCAACGUUCGAUGAGAUGUGUACUUCGCUGACCGAGUACGCGCCGCGGUUUGGUUGGCCGGCAUCCACGUCGGGCCUCGUCAGCGGCUGGGUGAGACACCAGAUCAUGUGGCCCGGGUCCAUCGAGGAGCAGGGAUUGCCGCCGUCUGCGCAGCUCAGCCAUCCGGGCAUAUUCGAGCUCGUGGGCCUGCCCAAGUUGUACGACAUGCUCAUCGAGGAGGCAUCGCGCAGGAAGUGCCCCACGACGGGCAUGGACUUGACUGACCCCAGCAUUUGUCUGUUUUGCGGCGACGUCUUUUGUGCGCAGGCCGUGUGCUGCUUGAAGGAGGAGUCGACGCCGAGCGACCAGGUACCGCAACGCAUCGGCGGCUGUCAGCAGCACAUGCGCAAGUGUCAGAAAAACAUAGGGCUCUUCCUCAACAUCCGCAAGUGUAGCACAAUCUUUUUCUUCCGCAUGUCUGGUUCAUAUAGUACUGCCCCCUACAUGGACAAGUACGGCGAGACGGAUCCCAAUCUCCGCCACGGCCGGCAACUGUUCCUCAAUCAACGGCGGUACGAUUCUAUGCUCCGCAAGGCCUUCCUCAGCCAUGGCAUCCCCAGUUUUAUCAGCCGUAAGCUUGAGGCUGAGGUCAACAUUGGCGGUUGGGAUACGAUAUAAGAUUGGGGAGGACGCAUUAGAUCUCAAUAUGAAAGGCAUACCAGCAAGGGCGCGUGGGUGAGUUAUAGGGGGGGGCAACUGGGGUUGGACGUCUUUAUAUUGGCAUUGUCUUCUGCUCUCUAGUAGGUUGGGAGUGAGAGGAUGAAAAUAA